UUCUCACGGUCAUCAUGGCGGCCUUGUCAAGCGAGGUGAUCGCGCAAAGUUUUUCAAUUACUAGCAAGCGCCGUUGUAAGGAAAAGUGAUGUCUGUUGUUGCUCAUGUUACUGAUGCAGGUGAGCCACCUGAAGCCUGUAAAGUUGAAAAUGUGAAAGACUGUUCAGUUCUUUCUCAAAACACUACAUCUGAUCCAGAAAAUGAAGAGGCGAUAUUAAUAGAGGAGGCAACAAGUGGUGUAGUCGAGAACAAUGAUGUCACACAGAAGAUCAAAGUUCUUACGGAACAUCAGAUUUCUAUGGAUUUUGAGCACGAUGUUAGUCGAAAUGAAUAUGAUCAAGAUAAAACAUGUGAUAAAAACUUGUUAAACUCAAAAUUGAGUGUUCAGAAAGAGGGCUCUAAUUAUGUUUGCGAGCUUAAUAGUAGGAGCACUCAAGAACAAACGUCUCAAGAUCAGGAAGAAAUGGACGAGAUCCGCGAGAACUAUUUUCAUCAAGAAGAAAAGGAAGGUGUUAAUGAUUCAAAACCAAAAAGUUGCGGCGAGGAAGCCGAUGACACCAUAGAAGGAAUGGAAUCAGAUGAUACUCACAGGUACUUUGCAGUUCAUUAUAACUUUAAUAUUGUACCACAACAAGUAACAGGAGCUUGGGAAGACUUCAGUAGCUCAGCUUCAAACUUUCUCAAGGGCUGCAAAUGGUCUCCUGAUGGUGCGUGUUUACUGACAAACAGUGAUGACAACACCCUCAGGAUAUUUAACCUUCCUACAGAAUUGUACAGUGGGAAUGCUGUGCAAGGUUUAUCAGAAAUGGUAUCAGUGUUACAAAUGCAGGAGGGAGAGACAGUUUAUGACUACUGUUGGUAUCCAUUUAUGUCAUCCCUUGAUCCUGACACUUGCUGUUUCCUGAGCAGCAGCCGUGACCAUCCUCUCCACAUGUGGGAUGCUUUUACAGGAGCAAUAAGAUGCACCUACAGAACUUACAAUCACUUGGAUGAGGUGGUUUCAGCAAAUUGUGUGUCAUUCAACCUGGAUGGCAGUCAAAUCUAUUGCGGCUUCAACAAGAUGGUCAGAGUUUUUGAUACAACAAGACCUGGGAGAGACUUUCAGGAAAGACAAACCACAGUUAAAAAGGAAGGCCAGGGUGGAAUCAUCUCCUGUAUUGCAUUCAGUCCUGACAGUUCUGGAAUGUAUGCUUUGGGAUCUUACUCAAAGUCAGUUGGUGUUUACUCCGAUACAGAUGGUGAGCUAAUUUUUCUACUCCAAGGACAGCAGGGUGGAAUCACCCAUGUUAUGUUCUCUCCUGAUGGGACAAAGAUCUACAGUGGUGGCAGGAAGGAUAAUGAAAUUCUUUGUUGGGAUGUAAGAAAUCCUGGAAAAGUUCUGUACUCCAUGAUACGCUCAGUGGAUACAAAUCAGAGAGUUUAUUUUGACAUUGACAGAUCUGGGCAAUACAUAAUUUCUGGAAAUGGUGAUGGUAUUGUCACUGUCUGGGAUUCAACUACUUCCCCAGUUGAUGAUAGCUCAACAACAGAAGCUAUAUUACAACCUGUCAUGACAUUUGUUGGACAUGGAGACUUGAUAAAUGGAGCCUGUUUCCAUCCCAGUCUCCCUCUUCUGGCCACAACCUCAGGACAACGUCACUUUGAAGAGCCUGGGAAUGACAGUGAUGAUGAAAAUGCAAUAGACCAAGAAAUGAAGAUUCAAGGUGAUAACUCACUGCGAAUCUGGGCAGCUGGUGAACAGGAAGUGACUGUUGAAGUGGGUUAACAAAUUAAUAGAGUACCACGGGUAAUGUCAGUAAAUAAUGUCUCUUUUCAAGGGAGCAUACACAGUAUGGUAUGAUAUGGAUAUGGAUGUACAAGGAGUGCUUUAAGGUGACAAUGG